ACCACGCCACGAUUUACGUACUGUCGAAGAAUCCCGCCCAGCAUGUCGGUCUGGAACCCAGACAACAUCCGCGACGUCGCCGAGUCGGUCGGGAUCGCCAACCUGAACAACGACGUGACGGAGAAUCUUGCCCGCGACGUGGAAUACCGGAUCGCGCAGGUGCUGGAGGAAGCGCUCAAGUUCAUGCGGCACAGCAAGCGGACGCUGCUCACGACCCAGGACGUGGCGCUUGCCCUGCGGGUGCUGGACGUCGAGCCGUUGUACGGGUACGAGUCGACGCGGCCGUUACGCUUCGGAGAGGCUUCGCUGGGGCCAGGGCAGCCGCUGUUCUACGUGGAGGAUGAGGAGGUGGAUUUUGAGAAGUUGAUUAAUGCGCCUUUACCGAAGGUGCCGCGGGAGAUUUCAUUUACAGCACACUGGUUGGCUGUCGAAGGCGUCCAGCCGUCGAUUCCGCAGAACCCUACGGCCGCCGACUCACGCAAUCUGGAACUGGUCUCGAAGGGCCCGAAUGCGAACGCUACGCUGGCGGCGAUCAGCGGGGUGGGAAAUGUGGCCGUCAAGCCGUUGGUAAAACAUGUGCUCUCCAAGGAGCUGCAGCUGUACUUUGAGAAGGUCUGCAAUGCCUUCCUGGAUGAGUCGAGCGAGGAGUACCGCACCUCGGGCUACUCGAGUCUGCGCGAGGAUCCGGGCCUGCACCAGCUGGUGCCGUACUUUGUGCAGUUCAUCUCGGAGAAGGUCACGCACAGCCUCAAGGAUAUCUUUGUCUUGACGCAGGUUAUGCAUAUGGCGGAGGCGCUUGUUCAGAACAAGUCGCUCUACGUGGAUCCUUAUGUUGCCUCGCUGGUCCCGCCGAUUCUGACCUGCCUGAUCGGCCGACAACUCGGCGGCACAGCCGACUUGUCCGAACAGUUUGCCCUGCGCGACCUGGCGGCGUCCCUGCUGGGCCUGAUCGCCAAGAAAUACUCACACUCGUCGCACACGCUCAAGCCACGGCUGGCUCGGUCGUGUCUCAAGACGUUUCUCGACCCGGCCAAGCCCUUUGGCGCCCACUACGGCGCCAUCAUCGGCCUGCACGCCGUCGGCGGGCCGGAAGCCGUCCGCGUGCUCAUCCUCGCCAACCUGCGCACCUACUCCAACUUACUCACAGACGCUCUCACGGACGACAACCCUCGUCGCCCAGAGGCGGAACGGGUCCUGGCCGCUCUCCUGGGUGUCCUGGCAACCCUGCGCGAAGGCCACACCAGCCCGCUCACCAAUGGCCAUGCGGCCGUCCUCUCAGACGAGCUGCGUCUGCAGCUGACUGAGAGAGUGGGCGACCUGAUCGCCUCCCGCAUUGCAGAUGCUGGGGAAGUGCAUCUUGCUCAUGCCAUUGUCACCUCGGAACGAUGAAUCUAGAUUUUAAAACGUUCAACAUUAUUCUGCGGGAUAAUCGACCGCAUUCCGGCAGGGGUUCAGGCGUUUUUUCAGUUUUUACUCAGUGUUUCCCCCCCUCUUUUCCCUGACUGUAUCAUUUAGAUACCCUAACAAAAACCAGAAUAUCCAUGAGCCAUGUACGCACUACAUAAUAGCACAUACUACUCCUCGUACUUUGUUGUGACACUUUGCUCGACGUCACCGUUUGUGCCCGACCGACCCUUCCGCUCUUCACCGCCUUUCAUUUGUCGCACGAGCAAUUCCUUGCUUGAUACUUUACGGUACAGAGUAUUACAACAUAGUUACAAUACUUCCACAGAGUACUACAACAUAAUUACAAUACUUCCCACAGAGUACAGUACUACACAUACUAGGUACACAUUAUUCAGAAGCCAAUUUAUUACUCUGAAU